AUGCUGGAAGAAAUGGACGGUUUUUCAAAUCAAAAUAGUUCCCGGUGGUGGGACACGAGCAUCAACACUACUAACUGUACAUCGAUGGAUCUAAACUGUGAUGAGUAUCCUUCUACUGGAGAGCUUAAUGAAAGCAUGGUAAAAGUGGUUGUGCCUAUAUUUUUCGGGAUUAUUGGGUUACUGGGAUUAGUAGGCAAUUCGCUGGUGGUAAUUGUAGUCGCGUUGAACCCCGGAAUGAGAUCGACCACUAAUAUUUUAAUCAUCAAUCUGGCUAUUGCUGAUUUGCUCUUUGUUAUAUUUUGUAUACCAUUUACUGCUACCGAUUACAUCCUUUUGUACUGGCCGUUUGGUGACACUUGGUGCAAAAUUGUACAAUAUUUAAUUAUUGUCACUGUAUGCGCCAGUGUCUACACUCUGGUUUUGAUGAGCCUUGACAGGUACUUGGCAGUCGUACAUCCAAUAGCCUCUAUGACUGUGAGAACAGAAAACCACGCCUUCCUGGCGACUUGUUUUGCGUGGUUAAUUAUUCUAACAGCGUCUAUUCCCGUGCUUAUUAUCCACGGUGAGCGACCAAGUAGUCAAAGACCAAACCAAAUGAUGUGUCGAAUCCGCCUCGACGAUCGAGUGGUUUUUCAAGUAACAUUUUUUUUAUUGAGCUACGUGAUCCCUUUAACGCUCAUAUGUGGUCUCUACAUAUGCAUGCUCAUAAGACUGUGGCGCGGGGCACGUACCAGUGCUGAAAGUCGCCGGGGUAGAAGGAGAGUAACUCGGCUUGUAAUUGUCGUAGUUGGAGUUUUCGCCUUUUGCUGGUGUCCUCUUCAGUUGAUAUUAGUGGCAAAAUCACUAGACUUUUAUCCGCUGUCAACGGCGUCAGUGAUGUUCCAAAUCGCGAGUCACGUAUUGGCGUACAUGAAUAGCUGCGUCAAUCCCAUUUUGUAUGCUUUUCUGAGUGAAAACUUUCGCAAAGCCUUUAGAAAAAUAAUUUACUGUAGACCGAGAUAUAAUCCUCAAGGAAUUGGACCUCCUACGAAGACCACCAGAGCUGCUAGUAGUGGUGAUAUACUUUAG